GACGUCGAGAUUAAGAGGAACCUUUAGAUAAGCUUCAAAAUCUUAUCUACUGUCUAUUUUAACCAUAUUAUCGAUGAAGUCUAUCGAGUCUUUCGAGUCUGUCGAGUCUAUGCAUAUGCAGCCUUGUUCCCUCUGGUCCUCCUCCCGCAUGAAACCAAAACGUCCACUACAGACGCCUCGUUUUUGCGGAAAGGGGACCCAAAUCCAGGCACGCAAGCCACAAUGACACGCUUCCGACCGUUAUGCAUUCCUCGAUUUACUGUUAGCUAUUGUCCUCAACUGCUUCUCAGAGCCCCUGGUCUGGACCUUCAGCGCCUCCUCCUGGCUUCGUCCGGGCGAGACACUUCUCAUGCUCGUGGCGUCCUGGAAGGGCCAGCGGUUACAUUCCUCACCAGGAGCGGGUGUCUCGCACCUCACCCGCCUCACAUGGCCUGCAGAUGAUAGAUAUCGAACCAUGGAGUAUAAGUGCUUCAGGAUCUGAACCCAUCAUCUGGAUGUUCACUCUCUUUGCUCUCCAUCGCUAUACCCUCCCAGGCCUCACGCAGCAAGCAGCGCAUCCAUCAACAUGCUGGGAAAAGACCUUUUCACCUCCGCACUUCUGUUUGCAGCGGCUGCCAGUGCCAGUCCCUACAGCAAGAACCUUGACCUCGAUGGGCCCAAGUCGGUAGAAAUCGCCGUCCAGACAGUGACAAAGGUUGUGCAUCUUCAGAGCACUGCCAGUCCCACUUCUGUGGCACCCAAGGAAGACGACGAGAGCCUGCCCGUCGUCGACGAGCCUGUCGAUGACCUCCAGAACAUCACUGAACGCGCAGCUGUAGCGGGCUACAGGAAUGCUGUCUACUUCACGAACUGCGUCUCGUCCGACACAUAUGCCGACCUGGAGAAGCACUUCCCUGGCGAUUCCUGGAACGAACAAGGCACCAACGCCUACGGCUGCAUCAAGCAGCUUUACCUCAGGAAGAAGAAGUUUCGCCAGCUCAAGCUUCUUCUCUCCAUCGGCGGCUGGACAUGGUCUCCCAAGUUCGCUCCUGUUGCGCGUACCGAAGCUGGCCGUCAGCGCUUCGCAUCGAGCGCCGUUGCUCUCAUGGCUGAUUGGGGGUUCGACGGCAUUGACAUUGACUGGGAGUACCCCAAGAAUGCCAAUGAGGCGCUCGACUUCGUUCGGCUCCUGGCCGCCUGCCGCCAGGCCCUGGACAACUACGCUGCCAGGUACGCCAAGGGCUACCGGUUUCAGCUGACCAUCGCCGUCCCCGCCGGUCCUACCAACUACCGCGUUCUUGACAUGAAGAAGAUGGCUCCGUUUGUCGAUGGUUGGCACCUCAUGGCAUACGAUUACGCGGGCUCUUGGUCCGGAAAGACCGGUCACCAGUCCAACCUCUACAGGAGCAAGAGUAACCCUGCCGCCACCCAGUACGACACGGAGACUGCCGUCAACUACUACCUCAGCCAAGGCAUCAACCCAAGCAAAGUGCUGCUUGGCGUGCCGCUGUAUGGCAGGUCCUUUGCUCGCACCGACGGCCUCGGAAAGCCGUAUUCAGGCAUUGGCAAGGGGUCCAUCGAGGCUGGCGUCUACCACUACAAGGCUCUGCCGGCACCCGGCGCCGAGGAGCGCUGGGAUGCCGAGGCUGUGGCCGCGUGGAGCUACGACAAGAAGACGCGGGAGCUCGUGACGUACGACAACCAAAACUCGGUGAAACGCAAGGCCGACUACCUCGUCAAGAAGAGACUCGGUGGUGCCGUGUUUUGGGAGUCGGCUGGCGAUCGCGCCGGCGAUCGCAGCCUUGUGAGGACCGUGUCGAAAGCCAUGGGCGCCAUGGACCAGACGAAGAACUGGCUGUCUUACCCUGCGAGUAAGUACGCCAACAUUCGGAAGGGAAUGCCGGGACAGUAG